AUGAUGCCCUCUAAACGCAAAAGAGAAGAUUUCGAAGAUUCUGACGAAGAUGAACCCGCGUAUGGCAAGCAAAUUUUGCCAGUUGCAAAUCUACCGUAUGACUUCAACGACGAACCGAUGGAUGGGAUGCAAUAUCUGUUCACUGUUCGACGAGAUGCGCGUCAGCUACCAGACAUCGUUCGCGUUCCUAAUCCUUAUGAAAAGCCAGAACCGCCACCGGACGCCUCCAGUUCAGAUGACCAAACCUCCUCUGACUCUCCUUGUUUGCCAUCCGAACAGUGGCGAGGCAUGUUUGAGCUGAGAUUCCAGAAUUUUCGCAAGAACUUCAGCCAACCAACCAUACAUGUGGGUCCUGCGAGCGAACCCACCCGCCGACUGAUGCCAGACAAGAGAGACAGGGACCUUUGGUGGGAAUUUUUGUCAGGGAAACCUGAAUCACAAUGGGCUCCACUCAAGGCCUCAAAAGCGAAAUCGAAGAGACAACCUCCUCCGGGAAUGCGUGCAUGGGCAGACGAACCCCAACGGAGCCACGCUGCUACUUCACAUGCUCCUUGGCACAGCAAUGAUGAGGGUGAAGUGGAGCAGGUUCUGAAAUUGGAUCCAGCCGAGUCAUUGCCCAGUCCUGUGGCCACACCCGUGCCGCUGGGGUAUCUAGAAGAACAUCGUCAGCCGGGUGUUGGACCUGUGGCAGGACAAACCUCUAGGCAGAGCAUCUCUCCACGAGAACCUACAACAACGCUCCUGAAGCUUAUUGAUGAACGGAUGGCCUUGCACUUACUGAUGUACUUUGCUCACUGGAUCCAACAAUAUCUCAACACGCCAGAAUCCAGCGUCUAUCUACCUCUGGAAUCACAUGCCCGUUGGAUGUUCGCUCUACUCUCGCGCAUCGACGACUACAUCUCAGCGGACGACAUGAACCUUCUUCGCAACCUUGCAAGAGCUUGUCUUGCUCUACUCAAAGCCAUCAAACGGGAACAAAAUUUCCAAUCUUCUCCAACCAUCCGGCCAUGUACAGAAGGCAAGAUGGGAGAAACGUCGUGUUGGAUCAUCGUUACGAUUGUUGCAGAGAUAUGGAAACAGAGGGAUAUAUGGAUAGAUGCUCAAGACAUGUUGACACAGGUGUAA